AUGGAUGAGCAGGACCGCCAGAAAACGGCAUUCAGAGAAAACCUUCAAAGGAACAACACUAAGAAGGCAUAUCAAGUGGUAAAAGAGCUCACCACAGAGAAACAGACAAGACCAACAAGCAUCCAAGAUAAGUCCGGAAAAUGCCUAACUGAGGAGAAAGACAUAUUAGACAGAUGGACAGAAUACUGCUCGGAGCUAUACAACUACCAGCUCAAGGGAGACCAAGCAGUAUUAAACUGCCCAAUGGCAAACACAGAGGAGGAUCCACUUCCGAUCCUACGAGAAGAAGUCGAAUCAGCAAUCAAUGCUAUAAAACUAGAGAAAUCAGCAGGUAUUGACAACAUACCCUCAGAACUAGUUAAAGCUGGAGGAGAAGCAAUGAUUACAGCUCUUACAACCAUCUGCAACAACAUCUGGAGCACUGGAAUAUGGCCAACUCCAUGGACACAAUCACUGAUUAUCACCUUACCAAAGAAAGGAAAUCUACAGGUAUGUAACAACUACCGGACCAUCAGUUUAAUAAGCCACCCAAGCAAGGUGAUGCUAAAGAUCAUUUUAAAUAGACUCAAACCUGUAGCAGAGACCAUCAUUGCUGAAGAACAAGCAGGCUUUAGAACAAGAAGAAGUACCACCGAACAGAUAUUCAAUUUACGAAUAAUCUUCCAGAAGUAUCUAUAA